AUGGCGGACCUGGCACUUGAUCCCCGGCCAGUUCCUCUCUGUUUCAACUGCUCCAUCAUCCCUGGAGACAGGUCCCUGGGUGCAAGGAGCCGGGUGUCCUGCAAUGGCAGCAGGGCUCUGGGGCCCUUUGACCCCCAGGACUUGAACCUGACCGACGAAGAGCUCAGGCUCAAGUACCUGGGGCCCCAGCAGACGGAGCUGUUCAUGCCCAUCUGUGUCACCUACCUGCUGAUCUUCGCAGUGGGCGCGGUGGGCAACGCGCUGACCUGCACCGUCAUCCUGCGCCACAGGGCCAUGCGCACACCCACCAACUGCUACCUCUUCAGCCUGGCCGUGUCGGACCUGCUGGUGCUGCUCGUGGGCCUGCCCUUGGAGCUCUAUGAGAUGCAGAACAACUACCCGUUCUUGCUGGGCGCCGGCGGCUGCUACUUCCGCACGCUGCUCUUUGAGACCGUCUGCCUGGCCUCAGUGCUCAACGUCACCGCCCUGAGCGUCGAGCGCUACGUGGCCGUGGUGCACCCGCUGCGGGCCAGGUCGGUGGUGACGCACGCCCACGUGCGCCGCGUGCUCGCGGCCAUCUGGGGCCUCGCCGUGCUCUGCUCUCUGCCCAACACCAGCCUGCACGGCAUCCGGCAGCUAGAUGUGCCCUGCCGGGGCCUGGUGCCCGGCUCGGCCGUGUGCACUGUGGUGCGCCCGAGAGCCGUCUACAAACUGGUGGUGCUGGCCACCGCGCUGCUCUUCUUCUGCCUGCCCAUGGCCACCAUCAGCGUGCUCUACCUGCUCAUCGGCCUGCGGCUGCGGCGUGAGAGGCAGCUGAUCCCCAGGCAGGAGGCCAAGGGCAGGGCCAGGACAAGCGACAGCCGCAGGCUCCGGGGGCUGCAGGAUGGGGGUCGGACACAGGUGACCAAGAUGCUGUUUGUGCUGGUCGUGGUGUUCGGGAUCUGCUGGGCCCCGUUCCACAUCGACCGCCUCAUGUGGAGCUGUGUGUCCCGCUGGACCGAGGGCCUGCUCCUGGCCUUCCAGUACGUGCACGUCGUCUCCGGAGUCUUCUUCUACCUCAGUUCGGCUGCCAACCCUGUGCUCUACAGCCUCAUGUCCACCCGCUUCCGGGACGCCUUCCGGGAGGCCCUGUGCCCAGGGACCCAGUGCCGCGGCCGCAGAGCCCACCACAGCUCCUACAGCCUCAGCAGGGUGACCACGGGCAGCACCCUGGGUGACAUGGGCUCCCCGGGCAGCCAGGCCCAGCCUCUGGCCGAGAACAGUGGCCCAGGGGGCCAGCAAGGGAUGCACCCCUCCUGA